AUGGCGGACAAGGAGGAAACCGAAAAGACCAUCGCCGAGGACUUGGUUGUCACCAAGUAUAAAAUGGCCGGCGAGAUUGUAAACCGGGUAUUGAAGCAAGUUUUAAACAAAUGUGUUGCUGGAGCUUCCGUAAGGGAAAUAUGUGAAUUUGGUGACAAAAUACUUAUAGAAGAAACUAGUAAAGUCUUUAAAAAAGAAAAGGAACUUAAAAAGGGUAUCGCUUUUCCAACAUGCAUAUCAGUUAAUAAUUGCAUUUGCCAUUUUUCUCCUAUUGCUAGUGAACCCGAUCUUAUUCUGAAAGAUGAGGAUAUGGUUAAAGUUGAUCUAGGAGCACAUGUUGAUGGUUUCAUAGCUGUAGUGGCACAUACCGUUGUCAUAGGUUCUUUACCAGAAAAGAAAGUGACAGGCAGGAAAGCAGAUGUAGUUUUAGCUGCACACUUUGCCUCACAAGCUGCAUUAAGGCUUUUAAAGCCAGGUACAGAGACUUACACGAUAACGGGCACUGUUGAAAAAAUAUGCGAUGCUUAUAAAUGUAAACCGAUCGAGGGUAUGUUAAGUCAUCAGUUAAAACAAUUUAAGAUUGAUGGAGAAAAAACAAUAAUUCAGAAUCCGAAUGAUGCGCAGAAAAAGGAACAUGAAAAAUAUACUCUCGAAACUCACGAGGUAUAUGCAAUGGACGUAUUAGUCAGUACAGGUGAAGGGAUAGGAAGGGAACAGGAUACUCGAGUUACGAUAUACAAGAAGACAGAGGAGACAUAUCAACUUAAACUGAAGGCGUCUCGUAUGUUUUAUUCGGAAGUCUCCCAUAAGCAUGGUCUCAUGCCUUUCAAUUUACGUACCUUCGAAGAUGAAAAAAAAGCGAAAAUGGCUGUUGUUGAAUGUGUAAAUCAUAGGUUGAUCGAGCCAUUCCAAGUGCUGUACGAAAAACCAAACGAGUACGCGGCGCAGUUCAAAUUCACGGUACUUUUGAUGCCUAAUGGACCUCAUAAAAUUACGGGAAUACCCUUUGAUCUUGACAUGUACCAGUCGGAUUGCGUCGUGGAUGAUCCUGAAUUGAAGAAUCUUUUGUAUUCUUCGGCAAAUCCGAAAUCGGCGAAAAAGAAGAAAAAGAAGGCAGAGAAAGCUGUAGGAGAUGUCGCCAUGGAAGUUGAUACUAAGGCCUAACAUUGUCAUUUUAAUAUAUACCAUGACUUACCGGCAUUGUGCACUACUUCGAUACUUUUUAUUUAGUGAUCUAAGAGAGCCACAGGCUGGACACUUUCAAACAUAGAUCAUUCAAUGAUCAGCAUAACUACACAUUUAUUCGGUCAUCGCACAAAUUAUUAAAUGCUAUGCUUUGCAUCCCUGUAUUGCAUCCCUGUAUGAAUUAUCAGUAAUUAUCUAAUAUGCAUCUAUAUAUUUCAUUCAUUCGAAGAAAGUGUCGAGUUUUGCUGCUCUACCGAGAAAAUUAAACUCUGUCAUACAUUACGCCACAAUUUUCUCAGCGCUUAAGUUUUUAUACCAGACUACCUUUUAAUGGAUUAUGGUAUUAUUAUUAUUAUUAUUAUUAUAUGCAAAUUUCUAUUACUUGCAAUUAUUGUAUAUUGCGUUUUCAAUCUUUAAACUAACAUCUCAGACAUAACAAUCGUGUGUGAUUGUUUUCUGUGAAAUAUUUUGAUUAGCUGAGCUGAUAGAAGUGAAUCGUAUUAAUGACUACAAGAUAUUAAAAAUUAUUUUCAUUUCAAUUUAAUUAAAAUGACAAAAUUUUUAUGUAGAGUACAAUAUUGUGCAUAAUAUUAUUCUUCUGAGUAUAGAAAGGUACAUAUAUAUAAAAUGUGUCUUUUUGAGAGUUCAAGUAUGUACGUGUCUUGCUUCCUUGAAAAAAUAUACAUCGGAAGUUUAAAGAUGAUGUGUGCGUUCACACUUUUUUCACUUAAAAGGGAUAGCAUUAAUGUAUGGCACUGUACAUCUGGCAUCUAUUCGAUUUAUAUAUACAUUAUUUUAGUAUCAGGAAAUUAAUUUUAUGUAUAGCCAAGUUGUAUAUUGUAACUUUUGAAUAUUUCUGUAAAAUACGAUUCUCUUUCAUGUUUAUCACUAGUUCAGCAGUAGCCAAUUUUAUAUCCUGUGUCCAGUUAUGAGAAUUAUAAUAUAACGUUUGACCUUAAAUUGUAUAAUUGGAGGAAUGUCCGUUCUUGGACACUGCAUAAACAAUGAAAUGCCAAUGACUCUUCGAGUGUUUCGUUGCGAAGAUACCCCCGACCGA